AUGGGACUGUUGGCGACUGCCUACUCAACCAAGGCUUUGGCAUUGCCAAAUAGGCACCUAGCGAUUUCUUGUUCCACCAAAGCCAGUAGACGAUCGAAUGGGGCCCAAGUUACUGCUAUCAUCCAUGUCCCUCGAGCUACCUUGGCCUCGAUAGGUGGGAUUAGACCGACCAAACGAGGGGCCAGCUCCACCGAACCAACCGCCGGUCCCAAAGCCAGUCGAUGUGCCAGCUGCGAAGGGACUAUUCCAGCCGGGUUCAUCGGCGCGAUUUCUUCUAUCCCGGUUCCCAAGUAG